AUGCUGCCCCCUUUCGGGGACCUCAACUCCCCCGCUUCCCCCCCUCCCUCCCCACCCGCGCCACCCUCUCCCCCCGCUCCCCCUGCCUCCCCGCCCCUACCUCCUUCCCCCACUUCCCCUCCUUCCCCCAACUCCCCUCCUUCCCCCACUUCCCCUCCUUUCCCGCCCUCCCUGCCCCCCAUCUCCUACCCCUCGUCUCCCCCUUUUGGAGAUUUGAACUCCCCCUUCUCCCCUCCCCCCUCUCCUCCCAGACCCCCCUCCCCGCCUUCUCCUCCCCCUGCCCCUCCUUCCCCUCCUGCCCCUCCUUCCCCUCCCUCCCCCCCUCCCUUUCCGCCCCCAACCCCUCCCUCCCCCUAUUUCCCCUCGUCUCCCCCUCUUGGAGACAUGAAUUCCCCCGCCUCCCCUCCCCCUUCCCCUCCCAAGCCCCCCUCCUCCCCUGCUCCUCCCCCUGUCCUUCCCUCCCCUCCACCCCCGCCUUCUCCCUCUCCUUUGCUCUCCCCUCCCCCUCAAGACUCCGCCCCCACUCUCCCUCCCCCCCCACAACCGCUCUCCCCCCUUCCUCUCCGCCUUCCCCCUUGCCCUCCGCCCCCCCUCCCCAAGAUCCCCCUGCGUUUCCUUCCCCUCCCCCUCCUCCCCCUUCCCCCUCCCCGUCCCCUCCCCAUCCCCCCGUCCCCCUCCCGUUCCGCCUAG